AUGACAGCGGCAGGCGCCGACAUCGUCCCGGUGAUCACGCCGGACGGCCCGAUGGCGAGCUACAGCGAGUCGCCGGUGCUGGCGGCCAAGGUCGCCGCCGGGGAGCUUCCCCCGGUCCAGGAGCGGCUGCCCGACUUGCCCCCCGUGGAGCAGGCGUUCGAAGCGGUCGGCAAGUACGGCGGCACGCUGCGCCACGUCGAGGCGCUGUACACCAGCUUCGGCAGCAUCACCCGCUACAUGAACGAGGGGCUGAUCGACGUCAGCGUGCCUUCAGGCACCCACCGCUACCCGAACCUCGCCGAGAGUAUCGAGUGGAGCGACGAUCUGACGACCUACACCAUCCAUCUCCGGAAGGGCGUGAAGUGGUCGGACGGCGAGGAAUUCACCGCCGCGGACGUGAUGUUCAAGUGGGAGGACAUCAGGCUCUACUCCCCCGACCCCGACGCGACCCCGCUGUCGGUGGCGCCCUCCGACUUCAUCAUCGGCGGGGAGUUGGCCGAGUUCACGAUGCUCGACGACUACACGAUCGUCGUCAAGUUCGCCGCGCCGUUCGCCAACUACCACAAGAACAUCGGCUGGAACUAUCUCGAUCCGGAGCCCGCCCACUACCUGAAACAGUUCCAUCCCAAGUACAACGAGGAGCUGGGCGACCCCACCGAGGCGUGGCAGGACUUCAACACCGUGCACCGCGCCGGCACCAACACCGAGCGCCCCACCCUCGGGCCCUGGAUUCCCGAGACGGUGAAGGAGGGCGAGUUGAUGGUGAUGGUGCGCAAUCCCUACUACUGGAAGGUGGACGAGAAAGGUCAGCAGCUUCCCUACGCCGACGAGUUGCGCGUGACCUACGUCAAGGACAAGGAGGUGGAGAAGCUGCAGCUCGCCGCCGGCGAGUACGACUGGCACGCCAUGGGGCCGCCGGUGGACGCGGUGCUGUUCCAGCAGCAGGCCAACGGCAACUACCGGCUGGUCACGCCGCCCGGGUUGCACAACUACUGGGUGUUCAUCAAGCGCAAGCUGGCGUGGAUCACCAACGCGCUGGAGAAUCCGCAGAACGAGAACGAUGACAAGCUCGCCGCGUUGCUGCUGGACAACGACUUCCUGCAGGCGCUGCAGCUCGGCAUCGACAACGAGCAGAUGAUGCGCGCCUACGCCACGCCGGAGCUGUACGAGUUCCGCGCCAAGCUGGUGGGCCGGCCGCGUCUCGACCCGGACAAGCCGAUCGGCCAGAGCGCCGACCCGCGCGUGCAGGCGAUGUGGGACCACCUGGAGCAGUGGACGCGCUACGACCUUGGCCGAGGCGAACCAGAUGCUGGACGAUCUGGGACUGGCGGUCGGUGA